UGUAUGCAUGUGGAAAUAAGAGCAUGGUGUGCUGGCUCUGUCCUCGGGUCUGUGUGUGUGUGUGUGUGUGGCGGUUGUGUUGGGGUAUAUGUCUCAAGUGCUGUUGUGCAUGCCUCCCUCCUACAUGAGGUCAAUCCAGCCAUGUCACAUCCUGUAACUGUUCUCUCUGUGCUGCUUUAUAUUCUCUUUUACACAUACACACACACUUUUUUCGUUCUCUCCGCUUUUUUCACCCUUUGGUUAUUCUUAAAGGAAUAAAAUAAAAAUUCUAUUAUUAUUUACUCAUUCUCUUGUUGUUCCAAACCCAAAUUACAUUCUUUUUUCUGUGGAACACAAACAUGAAGCCUGUUUUCCAUGUUAUUUUCCAUGGAAUAACUAUGUAGAAAGUCUGAAGCUUUUAUGCAUCAUAAAUAAUGCAGAACCAUUAUAAAAGUUGUACUCUAUAUUCAAACCAUGUCAAACCAAAAAUUAAGUAAUUACUCGGUCUCCAUUUAUUGCAUUUUCUCAAGCAAAACAAAUGUUCUUAUUUUGUGCACCACUGAAGAAAGAAAGGUUUAUGGGCUUGGAGGCUUUGCUCAGCCCCAGAUGCCUCCGCUCCCUCUUGACGAGCGCAUAGUGGUUAUUCAGCGCCCCAAAAGUUUGGCCUUGCGCGUGGCCUCCCCACCAACCACAUCACAGUCUUCCUCCCACCGCCCAGCCACUCACAACGAGCCCCCACCCCGCUUACCACAACCCCAAGUCCCACCACCCCGUUCCUAUCUAGGUUCCAACUACUUGUCUCUGGAAUGCCAGCGCAGGCAGUCGUCCCAUGUUCAGAGAGAAAAAGGAGAACGAGGUGCUCCCUUUGAGGGCAGCGGCCACAAUGCUAGCCAUUGUCACAGCAAUGGGACUGUAACUUUAGGUCCCAGGCCUCACAAGCACACCCAUACCAUUGACAUUAAAGUGUCUUUAGACCAAGGUGGAAGAGGAGGAUCUUACAUAGACAAAGGCCGCAUCAGUAGUCUUACCCGAAGUGGAAGCAUCAAGGGGAACAGAACUAAACGGGUGUCCCUGCACUUGGAUCCAGGGCAAGGUGAAAGGAAAUGCAAAGGAAAGUCUUCCGAGUCAGUGGAGAAGCAGCAGAACCAUCAUCAGAGUCAAAACAGGACUCAGCACAGUAGCCAUCAUCCAAGCCAACUUACAGUCUCUCCUGGAGGGAUCUUGGAAUUUGUACCAGCCCAAAGACAGCAGUCAAAAUCCAAGCUUACUAGAGAUAGAGACUUGUCAUCAAAGUCUUGUUCUGCAACUACCAGCUACCCGUUGCACAGUGAGAAGGACGUAUCAUCUGUAGGAAACAAAGAAAACUCCAAACUGGGACCCGGCCACCAACUGCCCCACGCCCACAGCCUAUCCCGUCACCACAGUUCAGCCCCAUUACCCCAUGCUGCCAUCCUAAGCCCUCACUACCCUGCUGUUCCACCCUCACUCCCUUCCCAAGCCCCUUCCUCCUACCAGCACAUUAGUCAACCUCGUCCCUCACGCACUAGAGAUAAUCGGCCCCAAAUUCUUCGCGCUUUGCCUCUCUCCCCUACUUCCUCCCGAGGAGGCUUCCCCAGUCCUGACCACACAUGUACGAUUGACUUUUCCCACCCUUGUGGCUGUUGGAGGUUGGUGCGUUGUAGAAGAGGUAGAGGUCAUUCAACUGGCUACCACGGUCGUAGUACAAGCCCAUCCUCUUCUUUUUCCCACACCCAAGGAACAAGUGCUGCCAACGGAGGUGGUGGAACCAUGGGAUUGAAGACUUUAGGAGGGUGCCUGUCAACUGCUUCCACCACCAACACCUCCUCUUCCAACAGCACUGUGUCGGACUGUCGCACAGGGCUGCUCAGACCUUUAGGUUGUGCAUCCUGUUCUGGAGAAGCUGGAGGUUUUGAGAGCCCUGCGGCUUUCCGUAAGAAACUGGUUGGUGGUUGCUUACCCUGUUCUCCUCUGUCCUCAUCUGCACCUCUUCGAGCACUCCAGAGUUGCGUCAGUGGGUGCAAUCCCAAAGCAAGCCAAACUGGAAGCUCCACAUGCAGCUACUGUAGUAGUGACCCCAUUGUAGUGACCUUCAACCCACACAGAGGGAAUCCUCCCAACAUGGGCCGUAAUAUUGGAGCACAUACCAUGGGAGGAUACCAGCCCGAUGAUGACGAUUACAGUGUACGCACAAUCUGGCCAGAGGAGCUAGCAAAAAAGAUGACUCGCUCUAAAACCCAACCUAUCCACCACAAUGCAGGGAAUAGCAUGGGCUCAGGAAGGACCUGCAUGGGCCACAACCAGAAUAGUGGCAAUGGCGGAAAUCCUGUAAUCCUCGACUGCCGGAACCUUAUGGAGUUCACUCGUUCCCAGUUGACAGAUCAGGCAGGAAGGCGUAGGCUCCAGCAAGGGAAGAUGGCAGUUUUGGACUUUAUCGGAUCAGGGAAUAGUGGGGACCAGGGCAGGGAUUCCCUCAAGAGGCUAUGGAACAAAGGAGCAGAUGCUUGCAUGGGGGAUGGCAACGGGUUUGAUGACGAAGUGCUUCCACAAUCCCCGUCUCUGCGCUCUCCUUCUCCAGAUUCUCCUCCAUCCUUCUCUCCCCCACCUUCUGCUCCUAGCACACUUAUUAAGCCCAAACCCAAACAGAGGGAGAGGGAAGGUGGACACACCUUACCCUCUGCACAGUCGCUCCACUUGGUCCUCAACUCACUCAACAGAGAACAAGAUGAGGAAAAUGGACGAGUGCACCUUUCCCUCCCUCUUUCCUCCUCCCUCCCAGCGUCACUGUCUGAGGAGAGUGUGAUGACCCCAGAUGUGGAGAAUGCUGUGAUCAGCCCCAUCCUCCCUUUCCUUUUUCUGGGUAACGAGAGAGAUGCACAGGAUUUGGAUCUACUGCUUCGUCUCAAUAUUGGUUUUGUGGUCAAUGUCACAACCCAUCUUCCUCUCUACCACCUGGACACAGGCUUGGUGCGUUACAAAAGGCUCCCUGCUACUGACAACAGCAAGCAGAACCUGCGACAGUACUUUGAAGAGGUUUUUGAGUUUAUCGAGGAAGCGCACCAGUGUGGACGGGGCGUUCUUGUGCACUGCCAAGCAGGCGUGUCCCGCUCAGCGACUAUUGUCAUUGCUUACCUUAUGAAGCACACCCUUAUGACCAUGACUGAUGCCUAUAAGUAUGUGCGGGGUCGGCGACCAAUAGUCUCCCCCAACCUCAACUUCAUGGGCCAGCUGCUAGAGUUUGAGAGAGACCUCAACUCUGGGGUAACACCUCGCAUCCUCACCCCCAAACUGAGUGGCCUGGAAACACAAGUUUAAAAGGAUGGAGCAAGUAAGAAAAAAGAAAACAAGAGGGAAAAAGGAGAUAAUUAGGAAGAUGGAAUUAAUGGAGAGAAACGAAUGGAUAGAAAAUGUUGCGACAGUUGAGAUUAAGGAUUUUGACAGAGAGAGAGAGAGAAAGAGCGAGAGACAGAAAUAACCAGAAGAUGAAAGUAGUUUGAAAGAAACGGAGAGAAAAAAGAGUCUUUCGUCUGUUUUAAUUGAGGUACCUCUGCUCUUUUAAAUCUUUUUGUUUCAUAUAAAUAGCACUUACAUUACAAAUGGAUAUUUGCGCUACCCACCCUGAUACUCUGUUAAUAAUGUGCCAAGUUUUCAUUUAAAAUAACAACUCAUUUCACUUAAAGUAUUAUUAUAUUACUAUUAUUAAGUUUGGUUAAAUACAAACGUUAUAUAAGAUAACAAAUGCAAUCAAAGUACUCUCUGGCUGUCAAGCACAGAAAAAUAUUCAAUGUGUUGAGUUUCUCAGAACUGUGACGUGCAUCACAUUCGAGACCCAAGAGCUGUAGCAAACUUCAAACUCCUUUUCCACUGUGCAUAGAACUUUUCUAGACAGACUAUUUUUGAAUUGGGAGAUCGUUUGAAAGUGCUUUUUUUGGUUACUUUUGCGUUAGCUGCCAACUAUUUAUAAAUUUCUCCACUGACAUGAAGAUUCAUUUUGCCUUUGAAAUUUUUUCGAUACUGCUAUUUUUGUUACUUGAUUUACUUCUUGAAUCCUUCAUCUGAGUGUCUUUGUUUGGGAGGUGUGCAAUAGAGACUGAUGUUGAUGUGGAAGUGGAACUGAUUUAAUUUAUUUUUCGCUCUGACAUUGUUUUACUAAUGGACAUUUUUGAUUUUAUUGAACCAGCCACUACAAUGGCAGAUAACAUCCAAAAAUCAUAUUUUUUUCUAUUACUUGCUUAUGAUGUUGGACAGAGGGCAAUUUGUAUAGAGCACUGUGUCAUGAAAAAAAAAGCAAAAGUGCACAAUAGACUAUACAAUAGCUUUUUUUUUUUUUUACUCUGUCUUUUUUAUUCAACUGACUAGUUAUUUAACUUUGUGCAGGAAGUGCAAUGGUUAAAUUUACACAUUUAAUUUUAUUUUUGUGCUUUCUAUAUGUUUUAUUGCUGUCUUUUUUGUGCUGCAAAUGGUGUUUUGAAAUUAUGAGUAGAAAGAUCUUGUGAAAUCGAACGCAAAUCCUAUUUUACAUUUUUAAUAAGGAAUAUCUACACUGUUUAUUAUUGGGCAAAAUUACUAUGACUGGAUUGGGCCAAGUCAUCAUCAUAAAUCUCUCUCUUCAGUAUGGUUUGAAUUUGCAUUUCAGAAUUGCACAUCAAGGUGACAAGUAGAUAUUUUAGUUUCAGCAGGAAAGUACCACGACGAUAGUGUGCAGAUGUAGCUAAAACGUGAAGUGCUUUCUUUCAUUUGGUAUUUAGUUCAUGGCAUAAGAAAAAUGAACUACCCUUAUCAGCUUUAAUGCCUGCCCUAAUUUUAAACACCCUGCCUAUUUUGACCAUGAUCAGAUUUUAGUGCUCUCAGGACUGUAGGCAAACAAUCUGGUUUUGUGUUACGUACCACAAAGGAAACCAGAGCCCCUUCCUCCAUUUGAAUUCUUCCUUCAUUUUCCUACCUUCGUGUUCUCUUAGAGACUAUGCAUUAUUAUGGGAAUACAUUCUGUGAAAAAAGACUUCACUCAGUUCACUGUGAAACACAUUUUUCUUCCUGUAUACUGUCAAGUUCUCAGCCUUGGUCCUUGAAGCCUCUUCUCAUCAGUCUUGACAAGCGAGGAGUUUGUCUGUCAUCUCUGAGCUCUUGUCUGCCUCACUGAGCUAUUGGGCCUUCACACACCACUGCUGUGUCUCCAUUAAUUUUCUCUGCCCAGCAGCGCAUGACAAAGUAUACUAUUUUGCAUUUCAGCUCAAAUAUGCUCCAGUUCAAAACCUCCUACAGUACCUAGAGUAAAGGUGUCUUCUUAUAGGUACAAGACCACAGAAAUGCUCCCAUCUAAAGCCAGGUGCAUACUGUAUGAUUUAUAAUAGUCCUUUACGACUGUUGCUUGUCAACUUCUGACACUGCCAGAAUUUCAUCGUAGGUAAGAUUUGAUUGCAGUGGUCAUUGAUCGGCUGUUGGCGAGCAUGUCAAACUAUCGAUCAAAGACUUCAGAUUUUGGCCGAGGAAUCUUUUAGGAUUCACAAAAUUUGUCUCAAACAAUGACAAUCGUAGAGUGUGAACCUGGCUUAAAAUGGCUGCUAUUACCGACCGGUUCAGUGCCAUUGCUUUGUUAUUUUAAGGGUCAGCUGCUGCUUGUACUUGUCAUACCGUGACAUGCUGACUGUUUUAUUCUGUCUCUCUCUGCUGACAGUGUUUUUGUCUGACACUGUAGCUUGAUUAUGCCCAGAGGAAACGAUUAGGUAAGCAACACCUAAUAAAUAGGUCUCAGUGAGGUGACAGAGUGCUGAGAAAUCAGACAAAUCUUCAUCAGAAAAGCAGGAUUGGGCAAAAUUUGUAAUUCCCUUUAGUUCAUGAGUUUAAAUUUGAUUUGAAUUGACCACAUGCCACAGCAUACUGAAUUGAAAUGACAUGGAAUUCAAAGAAAUUUAACACAGUUACAUGCCCUGGUUGAACUUAAUAACUAGUGACUAUUUUUAUUGCUAAACAGAUCCAAUGGUAUCUGGCAUCAGGUACCUUCUUCCAUUAUAUCUUGUAACAGUUUGUUUACCAUUUCCAAAAACUGCCAGGACCCCCCCCCAAUCCCCGCAUGAGUACAUGUAUAUAGUGUAUUAUAAGCGAAAAAGUAACGCCAGGGAUGCCUUUUGGUACAAUAACCUGUCUUCCGAGUCAAUGUAGCACCUAUCAGUGGAAAGAAAAUUAAGCACUUGGAAGUCUUGUAAAUGUUUGUGUUUGUUUUUCUCUGUGUUAUAUCUGUUUGCGCAAAAGUGUGUGUGUGUGUGUGUGUGUGUGUGUGUGGGCACAAGAAGUGUGUUUGCUGUGUGCUAGACGUGUUGAGACAAGAGAGUAAUGUGGGUUAAACUUUCCUACCAUUUCUAUCAAGAAUCCCAACCUCAGGCCUGUUAAAUGUCCAUUGGCACAACUCAAGCUUCACUGUUAGCUUGCAUCUGUCAAUGCCAUGAGCCACUGCUGUAUGCCUUCUUUACCCUAGAUUUGCUCUUCCAGACAUUGGGGGAAAUUUUACCUCUUUGUACAUUCAAUCAUACCUGUCACUGUAGAAACAAAUACUUCAUAGGCCUACCAGAAUCACCUGGCAACACUGAAUGAAUAGCGCUGGACAUCAGACUCUGUGAAUUGCUGUUGGAAUCUCAGUGUAUGAAAGCUGAAUUUGUUUAUAAUAUGUGUGCAAAGCGUCAAAACUGGAUACUAUAUAUGACCAGUAUUUCCUGUGUUGAAUAAUCUUAUAUACACUAUAUGGUUUGCACAUAGAAAUGAACUAAAUGUAAAGUUUUGUGUAAAAUUUGUUUGGACAUGUUGUAAAUUUGUGAAUUGAUUCUUUCUGUGACUUUAUUCAUGUAUGUAAUGCUUGUUCUUUUUUUAAAUUAUUAUUAUUACUAUUGUUAUUAUUAUCUCAUUUUUGUGCCAAAUACUGAAAUGAAGGUUGGCUUUGAAGGUUGGCAUCUUAAUAUUGACAAAAAGAAGUGCCCUCUCUAGGAUAAAACAUGUUUGAACUGCUCAGUUAUCAGUGUCUUACCUUGUUCCCCGGCAAUAUGAUGUUGUCAUACUCUGUUACUGUAAAUUUACACUUAUACCUGCAGAUUUUCUUACCCACUAAACUGCUAAAUUGCUCAUUUAAGAAGUUAUAUUUUCCUAUGUUAAUUUUUGUUUGAUCAUGGCAAUUUUAUCAGUGACUCUUUGGAUAGAGGUUUAUAGCGAUCCCUCAAGGGUUGUACUUUGAUGUACUUUGAAUGCAUGUUGCUCCAAACUGACCUUCCAGUCUUCUCUCCCCUUCCUACUGACUCAGCCGUUCUCCCCCGUGAGAAAUCAGUGCCCACGCUGCUUCAGAGAGAAGACGGACACGUUAGCCUGUGUUGGGGUUUGACCAUAUACUUGUGUGUACUUCAGUUUUUAUCACUGACAAAUGAUGGGGCUUCAUCCUUUUUCCUGUUUAAAACUUUACUGUGAGAGACUGUGAUACUGUUGUGAAGCAAAAACGAUUAAAAGUGUUAGACUGAUCCUUGCCGGUAAUGACUAUGAGAAUAACGUACCUCUUUAAAAAAAAAAGAAAAAAAAAGAUCGGCUUGUUAUAAAAUUGUUCAUCGAUAUGAUGUUCUUGCAAAGCUGAAAUGAUUUGUCGAAAUAAAUUUUUUUUACAACAAAUUGGCAA